CAUCAAAACAAAUAGAGCGAUAAAUUUACACAUGUAACAGCUAUGUAUUGAUACACAACUUUCCGUGACUAAUUUCAACAACUAAUCCAAUAUUUACAUGUGGAUACAAGUGAGUGAACCAGUGCUGAUUAUGUGUUGGAUUUAAGUAGAACGAUGUCGUUUCUUGUCCCCAGAAAUAGCAAGAAUGGUUUUCUGUUUCUUCAUCAUAAAAACCAGAACAUGAGGCUCUCUUCUUCUUCUUCACAAUUGUGGGGAUGUUUCUUUCUCACAGUCAGUUCAGUUUUCUUUGUGGGAUUUCUCUUCACCGCCUUUAUUUCUAAGCUCCUCCCUCCAUUUGAUCAUGCUCUGUUAUCCUCCAUUCAAAACGACUGGUAUUACUGCUUCUUAGUGCCCUUGACUUUUCCUGUCCUUGUGGUAGCUAUAUAUUUCCAUUGGCUCAACAUGAAAUUGUUCAAGCACGCAUGACUUUAAGAAAGUACAUAGCAGCU